AUGGAUGCCCAGGGCGCUGUCGACUCGCUCCUUGGCCGCCUCACCGCCAUCCUCGUCGACGAGGCGCAGCUGCUCGGCGGCCUCCAUUGCGACGUGGAGUUCAUCAAGGAUGAGAUGGAAAGCAUGAACGGCCUGCUCCUCCACCUCAUCGAGGCGCACCACCGCGACCACCAGGUGCGCGCUUGGAUGAAGCAAGUCGUCGACCUCACCCGCGACUGCGAGGGCAACGUCGAGCUCUACAUCCACAGCGUUACAGACGCUGGCCACCACGCUAGUGGCUUCCUGGGCUACUUGCGGCACAUCGUCCGCUAUGUGCGCACCAUCCCGGAGAGGCACCGGAUCGCAACGAGGAUUCAGGAGCUUAAGGUCAGGGCACGCGAUGUAGGCGACAGGAAGCUGAGGUAUGGUGUCACCGUGCCACCGGCUGCUGACCAAGCUGACCCGAUAUUCAUGGGCGACGUACCCCAUGGAUCAGAAGAUGAGGAGGAAGAUGCUCACAGACGCUCUCUUCUUAUCAAUUGUCCGGACGAAGUGGCUUAUAUUGAGAAAAUCAUUGAUGAUAUCAUCAAGUCUUUGCUAGCUGAGGAAGAACUUGUCCAAGAUCCGGCAAACGGGGACUCACACCCUAGGAUAUUUCUUAUAAUCCCACCGAGGUAUGAUUACCUUGAUAUGGAUAUGAUUACAAAGAAACUGUAUAAGCGGAAAAUGUGCUCAUUUAGUUGCAAAGCCUUGGUCCACUACGGCAAGCAGUGCUUCUCUGAAGUCCACGUACUGCGGGAAAUACUGCACCAUGUGGCGCCCCUUCCAGCUGAACAAGACAUGCUCAGGGUGGAACUGGAGAAGAGUUCGGAAAUAUCACCCAGUAUUGAUGUGGAGGAUGAGACCAUGCAACUCAGGAAGAAACUUGAGGGGUAUCUCAAAGGUAAACGGUUCUUGAUCAUUGUUCGAGGUAUCGAUGAUAAGUAUGACUGGAAAAGCAUAGGCCCUGGUCUGUUACAUGCUACUGCUCACGGUUCUCCUGAUAGUGCUAUCGUCUUUACAAGAUAUUCUGAAGAUUUUUUCAUCGAGUCCCCUUAUAAAAAAUUGAAACUACAAAGUCUAUUUAGUGCUUUCUGCAAUAAUACCAAGGAGCUUUGUUCUGGCAGUUCUGGAUAUGGAAUAAGACAAAUUUUACAUUUAUGUCAGUCCGAUGUCUUUGCAAUGAAGAUGUUCCAACAUCUUAUGUAUGUUAACGGUGCAAGGGGUACAACACAGAUAGACAACUUCGUAGGAACCUUAGAGGGUUGUGAGCUCUUGGGUAAAAGUGUGGCAAAGCAAAUGGUGAAGUUCUCCUACAAUGACUUGCCUGCCAAGUACAGGAGCUGCUUGCUCUACCUAACUAUUUUCCCGCAAGGUGACCACAUUAGGAGAUCAACUGUGUGUAGAAGAUGGAUAGCUGAAGGCCUGAUAACAUCCAGGGAGAAUCAUGCAGAAGAUGAAGCUGAUUCAUGUUUCAAUGCCCUCCUCUCCAGGAGUCUCAUUCAACCUGGGGAGAUCGAUGACAUGGGCAAGACCAAGACCUGCACAUUACAUCAUGUUGUUCAUCAAGUCAUCACCAGGAUUGCUAGAGAUAUAAACUUUGCGAACACGGACCUACCACCCAAUUUGGCUCGCCACCUUUCCAUUCACAGCAGAACUGAGGUGCAAGCAUCUCACACAGAUCAUGCGUUGCAAGCAGCUGAUGGCGCUGGCAUUGUAGCACUUCUUCCAUAUUUGGCAAAGUCAUCUCAGUGGCAGCUAAUGAAGGUGCUGGAUCUAGAAGGUUGCAGAGGCUUAAAGAAGCAACAUUUGAAGAUCAUCUGUAAAAUAAUAUUGCUGAAGUACUUAAGCCUCAGGAACACAGAUAUCACUGAACUACCGAAGAAAAUCGAGAAGCUGCAAUGCCUGGAGACCUUGGACAUCCGGCAAACAACGGUACGGGCCUUCGCCACAAAAUCAGUCAUGCUUCCAAUGCUAAAGCAUCUAUUCGCUGGUCAGGCUGAGUCUCCAAGCAACAUCACUGAUAGGUCUCAGGAUUUGUUUACGGCCGUGCGCCUUCCGAGCAGCAUCAGAAGAAUGAAUCAGUUGGAGACACUGUCACAUGUUGAAGUUUCCCACAGUGUUAAUGAUUUAACUGGUGUUGGUCAUCUAUUACAGCUGAGGAAACUGGGUGUGAUUCUCCAGGGUAAGAAAGGUGGCCUGAGUUAUCUAUUUCAACAGAUCGAAAAAUUACAUGGUUGCCUUCGCUCCUUGUCUAUUCAGAUCAACGAACCGGUUUCUCAAACUGAGGAUACUCUUAGCUCAGAGGAGGUGGUCACAUUAGCCUCCCCUCCAAACCUUCUUCAAAGCUUAAACAUUAGCGGCAUCACAAGUGGGUUUCUACUCUGGAUUGCAGAGCUCGAUCAACUUACCAAGAUAACACUGAGCCAGACUUACCUAGGGGAAGAUGAUAUAUGCAUCCUCGGCAAGCUUGCAGCUCUGCGCUGCCUCAGGCUUCGGCGCAGUUCAUACGCCGGCAGCGGGCUCACAUUCAAGCAAGAAGAGUUCAAGAUCCUCAGGUCCUUGGUCGUUGAUGAUGGUACCAUCACCGACAUUAUCUUUGACACUGGAGCCGCUCCCAAGCUGGAGAGGAUUGUGUGGUCCUUUGCCAAAAUGGAGUCUAUUUGUGGACUCCUCCGCCUUCCCAAAUUGAAGAAUGUCGAGCUCAAUGGUGACUGCGACCCAGAUCCAGUGAGACUAGCACUUGAAAAGCACCCCAACCUUCCUGAUUUCAAGCACAAGCCACACCAGGGGCAACAAGAAGAU